AUGGCGACAGCAAACGGACCUUCUAACAAGAAGAAAGAUUAUCGUUUAAGGCGACAGAAAAGGCAACAAAUCCGUCAGCUGAUUGAUGCCAUUGAUAAAAAUGACCUGAACAGCGUUUUUCACAUUUCUAAUUCCGUCCUAGACAUUAAUUUUCCUUAUCGACGAAAAACUCCCCUUGAGGUGGCAGUAGAACUUGGCCAUCUUCAGAUUUGUUGCCUGCUUCUUCAAAAGGGAGCUGAUGUUAACCGAUGCAACCAGGGGUUGAACAACUUGCUUAACAUUGCCUGCCAAAAAGGGUACAUCAAAGUGGCAGAGGUGCUUAUCAUGAACUCAGCAGAUAUAGACAGUCGCAAUGAACAUGGAGCCACCCCCCUGCAUUCAGCUGUCAUGAAUGGCUUUGUGAAGAUUGCUACGAUGCUGUUAAAUAAUGGAUGUGACGUCAAUAUGCCAAACGACCAGAUUGAAACACCAUUGCUGACUGCUGUCCGUACCAAUGACCUUACAAUGGUCAACCUUUUGCUCAACCACAACUGUAUUGUGGAUGGUCCUAAUUUUCAAAUGAUCACCCCACUCAUGGUCGCAGCUGGCUGUGGCUAUCUUGACAUUGUAUGUCGGCUUUUAAAAGCAGGUGCUGAAAUUACUAAAAGGGAUCGUUAUGGUUGCACAGCAUUGUUUUAUGCUGUAUCUGAAGGUUACCGAGACGUUGUUGAAACUUUGUUAGAAGCUGGUGCAGACCCUGAUAUUAGAACGCUUAAAAAGCUAACUUGUCUCACUGAAGCAAUCAGAAAGAACCAUAUAGAUGUGGCCUUCUGUUUGUUAGAUUCGGGAUGCAAUGUGGAUUUAUGUGACCGGCAGGGAGUCAGCCCCAUGCUUACUGCAAUAAGCCAGUUGACAGUGUACUUCAGCCAGCAAGAAAAUCCAAGGUUGUUGGUGAACAGAUUGCUGGAGCUGAAUUGUGAUGUCAAUCUAGCUGACUACUCAGGAAUAAGCCCCCUCCAUCAAAGUGCUAUGGGUGGAGAUUAUGAACUCUCUAAGCUAUUGUUGGAGCAUGGUGCUGACAUUAAUGCAGUUGAUAGUAAUGGAGACACUGUGCUACAUGCUGCUGCAUAUGGUAACAGUUUUGAAUUGGUUAAACUUUUUAUAGAAUUAGGUUGUGAUAUAAAUACGCAAAACGAUAAAGGAGAAACUGUACUGUGGCCCACCAUUUCAUCUUCCAAUUUCACUAUCACUGAGUAUCUUGUCAAACAAGGUGCUGACAUCAACUUACAGGAAAAAAAUGAAAAAAUGACCCCUCUCCAUGUUGCCAUAGCAGCCCACAACAUUAAAGCUGUUCGACUUUUUAUUGAAUCUGGUUGUGAAUUAAACAAACCCAACACCACUGGUCAGACACCUUUACUGCUGGCCUGUGAGAAAGGUGAUGACGAGAUUGUAGAGUUGCUCUUGGCACAACCUCGGUGUGAAAAACGCUGCAGAUCUUUGGUUGACCCACUGCACACUGCUGUAGAGUAUGGUCAUUUGGCAGUGGCCCAAAAGCUCAUUGAAGGUGGCUGGAACUGUAAUCAGGUUAACAGUUUCAGGAUGACUCCAAUUCAACUGGCUUGUUCGCUUGACACAUUCAACAUGGUCAAACUGUUGCUGCUCUAUGGAUGUGACCUUAAUUCCCAGACAAACAUUUCCCACCCACUGCAUUGUUAUCAUAACGAUGAUGAACGUCCUUAUUUUGCUCGGGAGCCACUCUUUCUUGCCGCCACCAACAAGAAUGUCGACCUCCUGAAAUUGCUUCUAAAGUGCUACCUUCGUAUGCCUACUCGACUGGUACUCAUGAACAUUCUUUCACCCUCUCUUUCUCUCAUCUCGCUCGCUACACAUAGUCCUACCUUUCCCUCUCACAUUCCCAGUUCCUUUCUUUCUCUUUUUCUUCCGCAGCUUUACGACAUACACACAAUUCUCCCCCUUUUGCUCUUUUUUCUCUCAUUUUUUCUUCUCUCUUCUCCCUUUCCUCUCUCUUCUCCUCCCUUUCCUCUCUCUUCUCCCUUUCCUCUCUCUUCUCCCUUUCCUCUCUCUUCCCCUCUCUUUCCACUCUUUCCUCCGUUUUCGUUUUUCUCUUCCUUUUCCUCCCUUUACUCCUCUUUUCAUUUGUUUUCUCUUCUCUUCGUCUCUUCUUCUCCCUUUCCUUACUCUUCUCUCUUCCCUCUCUCUCUGCCCCCCCUUCUUAUCUAUUGUCCUCUUUUCUCUUCCCUUGCACAAAAAUAA